GCCGGAUUUUGGUAAUGGGAACAGAGUAGACCGUAUUCUGCAGAGGACAAGGUUCCAGGCUGACCCCCAAAACACAGUCGCCGCCAUUGUUUUGGGUCCUUGUGUCGGUCAGUUCCCCCUUAUAUAUGGCAUGGCACUCCUUGAGACAAGGAAAUAAGAAAACUGCUUCUGAUCCAAGGCGAGCAGCCUAGUGCUCUUGCAAGGAUGCUUGAGUUGCUUCUUCAUGGAAAUUGUUAGACUUUAAGAAUGAAGUAGAAGGGUUUGGAGAUUUGGGAGUGGAAAAAGAGAAGUAGACAAUGUUGGGCAAAGAAGUACUUGUAUCCUGAAGCAUUUAUGCCCCAGGUGCGAUUCUUUUCCAAGAUCUCAGUGUUCCUGGUCUGCCUGAAGGUCUUAUCAUCAUUGGAAGCAAGGAAAAGAGAAAAUUACUCUGAGUCAGUGAAGGUCCAACUUCAGUGGCAGAUCUGGUGGCCUGGGAGUGGCUGAAGACCACCGUCCUCCACCGGGCUGUGCCCAGGCACAGCCAUCCUUCUUUACCUUGAGUGAGCUUCCUCAGCAUAUUGUCUAUAUUGUUGGCAGAACUUGUAGUUGUAAAGGGGGCUGAGUGACUGCUGGACUUUGUGUGGAAACACCAACUUGGGACAGACCUUCAGUGGUAGGGCAUAUAACUUGGUCAUACCUUUAACUUGGACCAUGAUUGGUUCUACAGCCAGUGCAAGGGCUGCAGAAGAGGCUGAGAUUGACCUGAAACUUGAAAUCAGUAGCCCUGACUAUACUAAAGUGAAAGCUAUGACUCAGGCCAAGACAGCACUUGAGGCAGAACCAACAAUAGAAUUAGUGACCCACACCAAGAUUUGUGAUGGAACAAUGGCUAUGACACAAACAGUGACCUACACUCAGCCUGUGGCUGUGACAAUUGAAGUGAGCCAAGUGGAAGAUGUGACUAAUAUUCGAGUUGUGACUGAGACUUCAUCUGAUGUAAUGCCUCAAACCAAGUCAAUGGUCAUACCUAUGUCUAAGGCCAAUGUCAAUUCUGAAACCAAAUCUGAAAUCAAGGUUGAUGCUGGCAAAGAGGCAAAAGCUAAUGAUAAAGCUGAUACUGAUUGUAUAUCUAACAUAGAGGAAGAAGCCAGCAUCCAAUCUGAGACCAAGGACACAGGUAGUGUUGUCCUCAGAUCCACCGAUGAAGAUGAAGAAAAUGUCUGCUCCUGGUUUUGGACUGGGGAAGAACCUAGUGUAGGGUCCUGGUUUUGGCCUAAAGAAGAUACCCCUCUUCAAGUUUAUAAGCCCCCACUUAAAAUUCAGGAAGAGCCCAAGCCUACACCCGAACCUGUCCUUACCCUAAAACAAAAAGCAGCAGCAUGGGCAAGGGCCAGGUAUGUUGUCCUAGCCCCAGUUGAUGCACGGAAAAAAUCUACGCCUCCAAAAGGGAACUGGACCCUGGUUGCCACCUUGAUUGAAACUCCUCUGGGUAUUCGGCCUCUGACCAAGAUCCCACCUUAUGAUGGACCUUACUAUCAGACCUUAGCUGAGAUAAAAGAACAGGUUAAGCAAAAGGAAAACUAUGGGCCUAGUCCAAAGAACUGCCGCUGUAAUCCACGUGGCUUUAGUUUAGAGCCUGAGGAGUUUGAUAAACUUGUUGAUUUACUUAAGCUAACUACUGAUCCUUUCAUUCAUGAAAUAGCUACAAUGAUAAUGGGCGUCAGUCGUGCUUACCCAUUUACCCAAGAUAUAAUUCAUGAUGUUGGUAUAACUGUUAUGAUUGAAAACUUGGUCAAUAAUCCCCAAGUUGAAGAACAUUCUAAAGCUUUAGCUAUAAUAAGUGAGAACCCUGAGCCUUUAGAAGAAGCUAACAUAGAUGGGCCCUAUAUAAGAGAAAUUUGUAAAGAAAUAAAUGCUAAUUCUUUGAACUCCCAGUUGCAACUGACUGCUCUAAAAUUAUUGGUGGGCACAAGUAUGAGGUUUGAGAAUCACCAUUUGAUUGCCAGUCACAUUCCAGAUUUCCUUAUAUUGUUAAACAAAGGAAGUUUCAGAAUCAAGUUUUAUGCUUUAAGAUUACUUUAUUGCUUAUCUAAAAAUCAAGCCAAUGUAAGAGAAAUGAUCACUGGUGAUGUACUGUCAACUUUGGUUACAUUCUUUAAUAAGAAUGAGUCAAAGGUCAAUAUUCUUAAUACUCUUCAAAUACUUGAAAAUAUAAAUUUCCAUUUCAAGAAAAGGGCAAAGCUGUUUACCAAGGAAGAGUUCACUAAAUCUGAACUUAUUUCCAUAUUCCAGGAAGCAAAAUUGCUUGGUCAGAAACUCCAAGACUUAGCAGAGAACAGUGAUCCUGAGGAUGCGUCAUCAGGAUUUGGUGAAGCUCUUGGACACCCCCAAGAGGAUUCCUGGCUCUCACCUCUGUUCAGUAAAACCAUGGACAUCUGUGGAAAAUGUGGUUUUAAAGGGACCCAACCUUACUCUGCCCUCAUUAACUCCCUCACUGCCAUGGGGCAUCAGAUUUAUUACUUUCUUUAA